UCUCGGUUUCAGAGAGCCUAAUUAAUACUAAAGAUUAUAUAAUUAAGCACAAAAGAGAGAGAAAAUUAAGAAAAAGGAGGAAAAAAAAUGGUGAGAGCUCCUUGCUGUGAGAAAAUGGGACUGAAGAAGGGGCCAUGGACCGAGGAUGAAGAUAUGGUACUGGUCUCUUAUAUUCAGAGAUAUGGGCAUGGAAAUUGGAGAGCUCUCCCCAAACAAGCUGGGCUUCUACGGUGUGGGAAGAGCUGUAGGCUUCGAUGGACGAAUUAUUUGAGACCCGACAUAAAACGAGGGAACUUCAGCAGAGAAGAAGAGGAUAUGAUCAUCAAUUUGCAUGAGAUGCUUGGGAACAGGUGGUCAGCAAUCGCGGCGAGAUUACCAGGAAGAACCGAUAAUGAAAUCAAGAAUGUGUGGCACACUCACCUGAAGAAACGACUACAGAAGCCUGCAGAUCAUUCAGUCCAAGAAUCCAACUCAAAAGUUCGACCAGCAGAGUCCAAAACUGCUCAGGUUGAAUCCAAGUCCAUAAAAUUAAUCCAUCAAAAUUCGGUCGAAUUCGCAUCAAAUCCUACAGUCAUGCAAACCAUUCCAAUCCAAUCAAGCUCAGAAGAUAAUAGCACCGGAUCGAUAUCGUCGAACUGGUCAAGCAGUGAGAUAUCUGGUUAUGAUAUGGGUUACCUCAGAAAUGAAUCUAUGGAGUCAUUAUCACAAGAGCAUAUGGCGACCAUCGAUGAUAGUUUUUGGAAUGAAGCGUUCUCUAUGGAUUUAGCUCUGGUAAGAGGAGACGCAUCUUGCAAUUUCGAUGAACAAUCAGACUUGAACAGUUUGGUUUAUGAUGAGGAUGUGGAGUUUUGGCUGAGGACGUUUACGGAGGUUGGAGAGUUGCAUGACUUUCCGGAGUUAUGAGGAUUUUUGAUUUAAUUAAAUUAUCUGUAUAUUCAAUUGUGUUUUAAGCUACAAAUACUAUAUUUUUUGGAUGGGCAAGGAAAAUUUGUAAU